UUUUUAAUUUAUUCUAAAGCAUGAAUCAACUUUUCGGUCUAAAUAUUUAAGAGCUUCAGCACUUUCCACACUGUAUCAUCAGGCAAAACACUGAAGAUUAGCGCGAGCGGAGAGGAACACAGAGAGGAAGAUGAUUAUCCCCGUUCGUUGUUUCACCUGCGGAAAGGUUAUUGGAAACAAAUGGGAUUCAUAUCUCGACUUUCUCCAAGCUGAUUACACUGAAGGAGAUGCACUGGAUGCUUUGGGGCUGGUUCGUUAUUGUUGUAGGCGCAUGCUUAUGACCCAUGUUGACCUUAUUGAGAAGCUACUCAAUUACAAUACUAUGGAAAAGCAUGAUGCAAAUUAAGGAUUGUUACCAGGAUGUGUCAGUUGCGCCACAAGUCCUGUAGUCAUAUAUGUCAAUGGUUUUUAUUUUGUCCUUUGCAACUUAUAUUAGUUUUUAAAUUUAGUAUGUUUGAUCCAAAGCUCUGUUUUGGUGUUAAUGGAUCUGCACUUCUACGAUAGACUGAAGCUGUAAAAUGGGAUUUAGUAUGUCAGAAUUAAACCAAUGCUUAGAAAUUUUGGUAUGUUGCAACACAUUGACAUAUUGAUUAAGGCAACAUCUGCCAUUUUCAUACA